AAUAGUCAGGAGACAGGGCAAAACAGAGAUGGCAAGCCUUGAUAAAGCUGCAGCAGGAGAAGGACCAUAUAGCAGCCGAGGAAGACAUUGAUGGUGCCCUUCUUAUCUUUUCUUUGGGCUCACAGGCUGCUGGAGAGAGUCUUCUUGAAGAAAGAGAGAAACAGAAGCAGUUGGCCCAGGAGAGACUGAUGCAGCAUCAUGACCAAACAAUUCAAUCCUCAGACUUCCAGCUUGGAGAAGAACUGGCUUCCUCUGUUGGUAGAUGAGAACAUCAUCCUGGAUCCCGAAGUUUCUGAGCUGGUGUGUAUACAGAAGGGCGUGCUUGUUGCACUGGACCAGCACCACAAGCAAGAGAGAAGCAUGCUCAUGCAGCUUCUAAACAGGUGCAGGCAGGACAAAGCAGCUUCCAAGAUCCUGCAGACUGUGUCUUCAGAGGUCUUAAGGCAGAAGCUGUCUCGUAUUGAGAAAGAUUAUGCUACAUUGCAAUAUCAAUCAAUCAAAGAAAUCACAGCACUGUCUGCUUCACAUCCAAGUGCUAGGUUCUCUAAAAAGCUUGAGAGAAAAGCCAGCCAGAACCAACAGGCACGGCAUGAUAUCCUGGCACAGGCACUUGCGUCCAAGCUGGAAUUGGAACGGCGACAAUUUGUAGAAUCAUGUCCUGAAGUCAGAGAGGAAGAAGUCUGGGAAGAACUGUGUGUUCUUGCAUUGGCAGAUCUCCAGGAGAGACAGAUGGAGAUUUACAACUCUACAUUAGACUUUGUUUUUUCCAAGAACAAAGAGGAUGUCAUAAAAAUGCACAACACCCAGCAAGUGGCUGAGCAUGAAGGCUGGUUCCAGAAUCUGCAGGUGCUUGUUUUCAGCAUUAGCGACAUGGCAGGGGAGCAUGGCAAGUUGCAACAGGACCAGGCUGCGGAAGCUAAAUUACAGGAGGAAUUUAAACAGCAGAAAGAGGCUCUCAUGAGGAAAGGAAAGCAAGAAAAUAUGGAUGUAAGCGCAAUGUUACAGGAGCUACAGGCUCAGUAUGAAGCCAAACUCCAGAGCCUAGCCGCUAGCAAAGCUCAGCAGACCACAACAUUAGCAAAGAAAUUAGAGGCAAAGAGGCGCCAUCUGGAAGAAGAUGCAGAGGCAGCACUUGAGAUGCUGAGACAAGUACAAGCGCAUGCUCAGAAUGCUCAGGAGAAGAUAAUGGCUGAACGAAGCAAUCAAUCCUCUCUGUUGGAAGAGCGUUUGAAACAGCGUCGUGAAGCCAGGAGUCUAUUACAACAGGGCAGACAGAAGUGGGAGAAGACGCACAUUGAUGCCAGCGUCAGCGAUGAUCAGAAGCGCGCCGUCUACAUCCGCUUAAUGCACGAGCAGCAGCAAGAACAAUCAUUAAGGACAGCAGAGAGACAGCGUCAGAGAGAAGAGCUGAAGCGUAGACUUGAGGCGCGUAAGGGGCGGCGAGGGGAUGAGGUGGCUGCACUCUUCAGUCUGGGCGAGAGGCAGAAGACUUCCCUCGAGGAAGCCAAGAAGUCUGAGCGGGACCGACAACUUGCGCACAUGAAAGAGCAGUUGUCCCGUGCUCGCCUAGAGCGCACUAUGACACAAAAGGGGAGCUCGCCGGUUCUCGGGAAGAGCUUCCUGGACAUGGCGCAACUAGAAGGCGACGAGAAGAUGAUGGAGAAGGCCCACCAGCUGCAGUACAAGUUUACCCUGCAGACGCUGACGGAGGAGAAAACGUCUGGGACAGACAGCGGUGCUCGGCUGAACGAAAAUAGCAGGAUGGACAUCCUGAAGGAACGACGACGAAUGAGAAAACAGCAGCGACAGGAUGGAAAGUGAUUGCUCUCCCCCUCACACCCCCGCUCACCCGGGAUUGUUUUUCGUUGCAGCAUUAUGACCAUUUUGUCUUUGUGUGCGCACAGAGUUUACUUCUUUCUCCGUCUCUCAUUUAUUGUGUCCCAGCAAGCUCAGCAAGACGCGGUGUGACGCUAGAGGCAGCUGUCCACCGCAUUAUUAAUUUGUUGCACACCGUCUUGCAAUCGAUUACAGUGCUUAUCGAUUGGCGCCAUUGAUUGGCUCACCAGACGGUGCAUUUUUCUGUGAAGUGAAUUGGUUAAACGGGCAUACAGGACGAAACCUUAAGCCUGUGAAGAAAAAACAAAAAACCAAACCCACAGACCGUUCCCGUACAGCGCUUUUGCAUGUUUUACGAGUUGCUGGGGUGAGGUUGUGUGUAUGUGGUGGGUGGGGUGGAGGUGAGUGAACGACGUACGUUGCUGGUGCACCAGGAGCGCUCGCACGAGCACACAGGCAUGCACGCGGCUAUCCGUGCGAUACUCAUGGAAAAUACUUGGUCAAUCACGUUUAUUACUUGAGUACUUUAAUAACAACAAUGUUGCCUGAUACGGAUGGAUAUGGAUAGAUGAUGGUGAUGAUUAAUGUGUGCAUGUGUGAGAAGUCGAUACACUCACCCGAGUGAAUAGUUUACUUGCUAGUGGUGCAACGAUUUUCAUAUGAAGUGCACUCCCCUUGCUAACCCUCCCAUUGCACUGUUUGUCUCGGUGUUAAUGAGGGGGGUUUAUAACCCCAUUGUCCAAGUGGGGUGAUAUCGUGUCUUGCGAAAGUAGCUUUUAAUCUUUAUUCUUCCUUAAAGCAACGUAUACACUUUAACAUCUUCCUGUCACAUUCUUUAUACUUUUUCCUUGCACUUUUGUUACAAAUUACCACCACCUUCCCCGUUGGAGAAAGUCAGGCCGUGCCUUGCCUUGUUUGCAAAAAUCUGUGUGUGCUUUGCUAUGAUGUAUUGCUGGGACAUUAUAUCGAAGAAAUCUGGACGCUGAACUUUGACAUAGUGACCUUGUUAUCGUCAUCGGUCAGCUGAGACAGUCUAGCUCGGGUAGAACUACUGUUCAAGAGUGAGAGAGAGUGUGUGUGUAGGUGAGGAGGGACGUGAUAAGAAAAUGGUGUGUUGUGGGAUUGGGGGAUGUGUGUGUGAGAGAGAGAGACAAGAGACCACGUUGAUUGGCUUUUUGAGAUUUACUGUGCCAUGCGUGGCGCGUUGUAAUCAGAGCAUUAUUCAUUGCUUUUUUUUUCUGCGGCCGAAUCUCACUUGGCAGACAGCAGCUGAAGCAAGGUUUUUGUGCGUUUCCUGUCGAUACUGAUCUGUGAUAAAAAGUUGCUGAGGAUUAUAAUGAAGAACGCUUUGUUCCAGUUUGACUUUGGUAGUGUUCGUAUACCGGUGGAGGGUCCUUUUUGUAAACCAACAAUGAAACUGUCCUAUAGCCCUUACACAAUGUCAUGUCUUGUCUGUUGAUAGGCAUGUAGUCACAGUUCAUUGAUAUAUCGCUACACGAUACAAUAACAUUUCCAUGGUUGUACAUAUAGUACGUUGUUUAUAUGUUUGCCAGACAGUGAUUAUACGUUGCUGUCACUGUGCUUUAGUUGUAUUCCUUGAAUGGUAUUAAUGCAUAGACUUUAGUUUAUGUUAGGUUAACCCAACAACUUUAUUACAGUUUGAGAGAAAACAUUGCUAAGCAGUUUUUCAUAUUUUGUAUUGAUCAUUCUUUAAUAAAUUGAAUAUUAUUUAACAA